AUGGCUUCAAAAGUGAUUUCGGUGUACGAAAAUACACAAAAGCUGGGCGCAGAACUGGCCAAAAAUCUCUCGGAACUUGCUAAUGAUGUACUGGCUGAAGGAGGAAAUGCUGUUUUUAAAAUUGGACUUUCUGGUGGAUCGGUCGUGUCGCUGUUAUCCGAAUAUUUAGCCAAAGUUGAAACAGAUUGGUCCAAGUGGAGAUUUUUUUUUUGCGACGAAAGACUGGUGGAUUUUAGUGAUCCGGAGUCUACAUUUGCUCAAUAUAGAGACAAAUUUAUCUGUAACCUUCCCAUCAGUGAAGAACAAUUCAUUAAAAUAAAUCCUCAACUUUCUGUUGACGAGGCAGCUAAAGAUUACAUCCAAAAGAUAUCAGUAUAUUUUGCACCCUACGAUUUGCCUCGGUUUGACGCAUUGAUAUUGGGUGUUGGUCCUGAUGGACAUACAUGUUCUUUGUUCCCUGGACACAAAUUAUGUGAAGAAACAUCAGUAUGGGUAGCUCCAAUUUCUGAUUCACCAAAGCCUCCUUCAAACAGAAUAACUUUUACAUUUCCAAUCCUCAACAAUGCCAGAUACUGUGCGUUUAUAGCAACCGGGAGCUCAAAAGCUGAUAUUUUGAAGCGCAUUCUUAAAGACGGUGAACAAUUACCAGCCAAUUGUGUACAGCCAAUAAAUGGUAGUGUACAAUGGUUAUUAGAUGAAGCUGCAGCCAAGCUAUUACAAGAAGAAACAUCUCUGUAA